CUAAAUUUGUCCAUGUGAGGCCAUGACACUAACAUUCUGACUCUCUAUGACCAAGUGGAUGCUUUUAUAAAAAAAAACUGAAUUCCAGAAGUGCAAAUGUGGAGACAAAGACUUUACCUGUUUUCCACUGCUUCAUGCAUAUGUCACUGAUGUCUGAACUGGGGAAAUUGAGCAGAGCAAAAUUAAAGAAAUAACAGUAGAUCAUUUGGCCCAUUUGACAUCUGAGCUCAAGUCAUAUUUCCCAACAUUCAGCACAACUCAGCUCAACCCAGCUGGGUCAGAAACACAUUCAUUUUGUCAGAUGUAAGCAGCAUUAACCUCUCUACCAGUCAGCAAGAAAAUCUUCUUGAGCUGUCCUCAGACCGUGGUCUGCAAAUGAAGUUUAAUGAUUCCACACCAACCAGUUCUGGUGUUGAGUACAAAAGAAUACACUGACCUUGGGAACCAUGCUUUGGAUGUUCUGUUACCUUUUGGGUCAACAUAUCUUUCUGUUAGUCUUAUUUUCUGCUAUGAUUGCCAUCAGGAGUAGGAAUGGACUCAGUGUGAAGAAAAACUUAAUUGUCGCUGUCACUUCAGUGCCUCCCAGAAUGACAAGGCUCAAGUGAAAUACAGACUCAAGUAUCACACUGAAAUAAUGACUCUGAAGGUGAUGUUAUAAAUGAGGAGGGGUUAAGAAGCAGGAAUUUACAAAACAGGGAUGCUGUGCAUAGUAACCCGGAGGAUACAUACAUCAAUAUCGAGAGUGAUCAGCAUAAAAACAAACAAGACUCAGUAGCUGAGAAAACAUUCUUAAAAGGCUUACCUGAUGAUAGUCAUCGCAGCAUGUGUCCUGAAUUUUCAGAGAGCCCUGGCGCUUUUUGUACUCACUGUUCUAGCCAUCUUCUUCAUCUGCUGGGAUUUUUUAAUAGCCAGAUAUGAAGACAAAAUAGCUGAGUUCUUUUCCCCUUGUGAAAGGUUUCUGAAACAACAGUGGUUUUGGCUAAAAUGGGUGGUGUGGAUAGCUCUCAUUGCAGCUAUCAUUUGCUGGCUCAUCUUUGACACUGCCAAACAGGGAACCAAUCAGCUCAUCUCCUUUGGUGGGCUUGUGAUGUAUGUUCUCUUGAUGUUGAUCUUUUCCAAAUACCCAACCAAAGUUGCUUGGAGACCAGUAUUUUGGGGAAUUGGAUUGCAGUUUAUUCUUGGACUUGUUACUCUGAGGACUAAAGCAGGAUUUGAUGUAUUUAAUUGGCUGGGUAGGCAGAUACAGAUUUUCCUGGAAUACUCUGAUGACGGUGCUAAAUUUGUGUUUGGUGAAAAAUAUACAGAUCAUUUAUUUGCCUUUAAGGUCCUGCCAAUAGUGGUUUUCUUCAGCACAGUCGUGUCUAUGCUUUACCAUGUUGGAUUCAUGCAAUGGCUCAUUAAAAAGGUUGGUUGGAUAAUGCAGGUUACCUUGGGGACAACUCCCGUUGAGUCCCUGGUAGCAGCUGGCAACAUAUUUGUGGGACAGACAGAAUCUCCUCUUCUAGUGAGGCCCUAUUUACCGUAUGUCACCAAGUCUGAACUCCACUCGAUCAUGACUUCAGGGUUCUCAACCAUCGCCGGCAGUGUCUUAGGAGCAUACAUUUCUUUUGGGGUUUCAGCCUCCCAUUUACUAACUGCUUCUGUGAUGUCAGCACCAGCAUCACUGGCUAUCUCCAAACUAUUCUGGCCUGAGACUAAAAUACCCCAAAUAACUCUGAAGAGUGGUGUAAAAAUGGAGAAAGGAGACUCAAAAAACCUGCUGGAAGCUGCUAGUCAGGGUGCCUCUGCCUCCAUCCCAUUGGUGGCGAACAUUGCUGUGAACCUGAUCGCCUUCCUUGCUUUGCUCUCUUUCGUUGAUUCAGCACUGUCUUGGUUGGGGAAUAUGUUUAACUACCCACAGCUGAACUUCGAGAUCAUUUGCGCUUAUGUCUUCAUGCCAUUUUCUUUUAUGAUGGGGGUAGACUGGGAAGAUAGUUUUAUUGUCGGUGGACUCCUAGGUUACAAGACUUUCUUCAAUGAAUUUGUGGCUUAUGAGCGUCUUUCAAUGUUGAUCCACUUGCGGGAGAAAGGUGGGCCCAUGUACAUUGGUGGUGUGAAGCAAUAUAUGACCAUCCGUUCUGAAACCAUUGCCACCUAUGCCCUCUGUGGAUUUGCAAAUUUUGGUUCUCUGGGAAUGGUGAUAGGAGGACUCACAUCUAUGGCUCCUUCCAAAAAAAGGGACAUUGCUGAUAGUGCCUUUAGGGCGAUGAUUGCUGGUACUGUCGCCUGCUUCAUGACAGCUUGUAUUGCAGGAAUAUUAUCUGUAGCGGUUGUGGAGGUUCCAUGCCACAUUUUAUUAGGGGAUGCUUUCAAUGUAACAAAUUUGCCAAGCAACACCACAAAAGUAGUUGGAUGCUGCCAAGAUCUCUUUAACAGCACCACUGCAAACAAUUCUCAAGAGAUCGUCUUAGGAGGAAACUACAGCCUAAGCUCUUUGAGAGGAUGUUGCCAAAUACUGGACUCUCCCACUUUUAAUUGCAGUUGGACCACUUCAUUAUUUUGAACUGGGACCAGUCAUAACCAAGAGGCUGGAAUAGGGUCACAUCUGUUUGUUGGACAGGUGGAAAGAAAUUAAGAGUGGAGAAAUAUUUUUCUGCUUAAGGAAUGUGCAAUAGUUUGAGCCUUAGUUUCCUUUCACACCAGUACAACUCCUUUGAUUUUAGUGGAAUUACUCCUAAAUUAUUCUGGGGUAAAUAAAAAGACAACCAGGC